AUGACUCCGCAGCAAACAGGUAUCGGGAAGCGGAACGCGCCCGCGGUCGAAGCCGGCGCCGGGGGCUCGUCGUCUCAGGGGGCGGCGAGGGACGCAGAGGGGCCGCUGCCGCCCAAGAAGCAGAAGCGGCAGGCGACGCGUCGCUCGCUGGUGCACUACCUGAAGGGCCGCGAGGUGGGCGCGCGGGGCCGCGCGGGGCUCCCGGGCUUCGAGGGCGAGCUGCGCGGCUACACGGUGCGGAGGCUGCCGGUGCUGCUGACGGAGCGCGAGCUGCCCCUGGGCACCCUCGACAAGGUGUUCGCGUCGCAGUGGCUGAACGCCAGGCAGGUGGUGUGCGGCACCAAGUGUAACACGCUUUUCGUGGUGGACGUGCAGUCGGGCCACAUCACGCGCAUCCCCCUGCUGCGGGACAGGGUGGCCGGGCUGGGCCGGGCCCGUCCGGGUUGCGGCAUCCACGCCAUCGAGAUGAAUCCCUCCAAGACCCUUCUGGCCACCGGGGGCGAGAACCCCAACAGCCUGGCCAUCUACCAGCUGCCCACCCUGGACCCCGUGUGCCUGGGCGACCGCCACGGCCACAAGGACUGGAUCUUCGCCAUCGCCUGGCUGAGUGACACCGUGGUGGUGAGCGGCUCCCGCGACGGCACCAUAGCGCUCUGGCGGCUGGACCCGGACACAUUCCAUGGUAGCACUGGCUGGCACAAUGAUUUUGGGCUCCCCGUGUACUCCCACAUCCAUCCGAUGGACGUGCAGGCCAUCCCCAAGGCCAACACCAACCCCAGUAACUGCAAAGUGCGAGCCCUGGCCUUCAGUGGCAAGAACCAGGAGCUGGGAGCAUUGUCCCUGGAUGGCUACUUUCACCUGUGGAAAGCCCGGAGCACCCUGACCAGGUUACUGUCCCUCAGGCUGCCCUACUGCCGAGAGAAUGUGUGCCUGAACUACUGCGACGAGUUGUCCCUGUAUGCGGUGGGCUCCCAGUCCCAUGUCUCCUUCCUGGAUCCACGCCAGGGCCAGCAGAACAUCCGGCCCAUGUGCUCUCGAGAGGGCGGCUCGGGAGUGCGCUCCCUGAGCUUCUACCAGCAUGUCGUCACAGUGGGCACGGGCCAUGGCACCUUGCUCUUCUAUGACAUACGCGCGCAUAAGUUCCUGGAAGAGAGGGCCUCAUCUAACCCAGACUCCCCUCCAGAGUCCGCAGGGAGGAAGCUCAAGCUCAUCUGUGGCAGAGGCUGGCUCAACCAUGAUGACCUGUGGGUGAACUACUUUGGUGGCAUGGAUGAGUUCCCCAAUGCGCUCUACACCCACUGCUACAACUGGCCAGAGAUGAAGCUUUUCGUGGCUGGGGGUCCUCUCCCUUCAGGCCUCCAUGGAAACUACGCAGGCCUCUGGAGCUAA